CAUAAAAAUUCUAUGAAGCUGAAGUUGAGAGGCCAUUUCGCAAAUUACUUUCUAUUAUAAUAUUAAAGUGUGUUUUAUUGGAUCCAAAAUUGUAGGUUUGUUCGAUAGUAUCGUUCCAAAGUUUGAAUCCAGGGUUUAGGGUUCGUGAAAAUGCCAUGGCUAACGUGCACGAAGCUGACGCUUUUCACCAUAGCUGGAGUUGCGAUUCAAAUGGUUGGCCUCUCCAUCUUCGUCUUCGGCUUCUUCCCCGUCAAACCAACCCUUCCCGGACACAGUGGUUCGGAGAGUUUUCGAGCACCGCAGUGCGAUUUGGUACGAAAUGAGAGUGAGAGUGAUCUGCAUCCCCAUCAGCUCAGGUCACUAUAUAAGGAACUAUCAGGAAUGCCGCCUGCAUUUGACCGACUAAUACUAAUGGUUAUUGAUGGUCUUCCAGCAGAACUCGUGCUCGGCAAGGAUGGUAAGCCUCCAAGCAAGGCGUUAAUGGAAGCUAUGCCAUAUACUCGGUCACUGCUUGCAAAUGGAAUGGCAAUUGGGUUCCAUGCAAAGGCUGCACCUCCAACUGUUACAAUGCCUCGUUUGAAGGCUAUGGUUUCUGGAGCAAUAGGGGGAUUCCUGGAUGUGGCUAUGAAUUUUAACACACAAGCUAUGUUAGAUGACAAUCUUCUCGGCCAGUUUUUCAAGAUUGGUUGGAAAAUGGUGAUGCUUGGUGAUGAAACAUGGCUUAAGUUGUUUCCCGGAUUAUUUUUGAGGCAUGAUGGAGUCAGCAGUUUCUUUGUUAAAGAUACUGUACACGUGGAUCAAAAUGUUUCUCGACAUCUGGGUUAUGAACUUAGCAGAGAUGACUGGGAUUUUCUGAUUCUCCACUAUUUGGGCUUAGAUCAUGUUGGACAUAUUGGUGGGCGCAACAGUGCCUUGAUGGCCCCAAAACUUCGAGAGAUGGAUGAGGUGGUGAAGAUGAUUCAUAUGAAUAGUAUACUAAAUCAAAAGAAUGAUGAAGGACAGACACUCUUGGUUGUGGUAAGUGACCAUGGCAUGACUGAGAGUGGUAAUCACGGAGGGUCCUCCUAUGAAGAAACUGACUCCUUAGCUCUUUUUAUUGGCGUGAAAAAUAACAUCUCUGAUCACUUCUUGUCCACCCAUAACAUUAUUCACCAGGUUGACAUUGCACCAACAUUAGCUCUUCUAUUUGGUGUUCCAAUUCCAAAAAACAACGUUGGUGUUCUGAUUGCUGAAAUUUUUGGGUAUUUGUCUGAAGACCAACAGAUGAAGGCACUGGAGUUGAAUUCCUGGCAAUUACUUAGAUUAUUGCAAGCACAAAUACCUGGUUUAUCAUGUCGAAAUUACCCACGUGAUGGCUUAAGGGAUGAUCAAGACUUCAGAAUAGCUAAGUGCUCUGGGAGCAUGGAAGCGAUGUUUUGCUGCCUAUAUACAAAUGCUGCACUUCUCCAAAAGUCCUGGAUGUCUAAGGCAAUCUCCAGGUCUAACAGUAGGGAAGACUACACUAGCACGGUUGUAGCAUACUAUGAGUUUCUCAGAACUGCAAGUGAGUGGUUGUCACACAGAGCAACUGAUAAACCUGUCAGACUACUUACUGUCGGAAUUGCUGCAAUGCUCCUAUCUUGUCUGAUAUUAUUAAGCCUUCUAUUUCAUACAUGCAAAGAAGUCUACCUUAGAGAGCAGUCCCUUUUUGACUUAGAGAGCAUCAAGCAGACCUGGUAUUUAGACGAGACUUUUGUAUUAGGCGUAGUAUUGAUUCUCAUUGUAAGUAUGGCAUCAAGUUCUAUGGUAGAAGAAGAGCAAUAUAUUUGGCAUUUUGUGGCUUCCACAUUGAAUUUGCUAUUAUUGCGUAAAACAAUAAAAUGUCCUACAGGGGCAGGAGCACAAGAUCUCCAUAGUUCAUCCAAGGGAAAAAACAAAAUAAGUUUUUGUCGAUUGAGUUCCAUCUCUGUGGUUCUUAUUUCUGGAAGGAUAUUGAGAGGCUGGCACCAAGGAGGUGUGAAUUGGACUAAUCUUCCUGACAUUUCAAAGUGGCUUGAGCAGGCUGGGACUGAUAAUGUAAAAUCAAUUCAGCUAGUCUCAUGCCUUCUAGUAAUGAGCUUAAGCUUAUGUGUUCUUUUUCUAUUUGGAUUCAACAUGAAAUUUGUUCUGGUGAUUGGAUUCAGCUUUCUUAUGUCUGGAUUGCUGGUUUUGCAACAUUUUGUUAAACAUCAAGAUGGUAUGUUUGCGUCAUCGAGUUGCAGUACAACAACAUUGGUACAAAUAAUUUAUGCAAUUAUGGGUAUUUCCACAUUUGGGACUGUUGUAGCCUUACCAUGGUUCGUACGUUUCUCAACAUCUGAGAUGGGCUUGAGUCAUGAUUUGUACAUGUCAACUUCUGUUCCCAAUGAAGUUCAAAAUAACACGCUGCUGGUGAAAUUAAGAGAAUCUCUGUAUCUAGUUGGGUGGGAAUACAUCUCUUUCUGGUGUCUUCUGCAACUGCUGCUUCAACAAACAAUUAACUCAAUGACUAUAGUGUUGCUACUUGUGCAAAUUUUGGCCAGCAUGUUGUAUUUUUCUUAUAGUGGCCUGCAUCAGAAGCAAUGGGUUGAGAUAGCUGCAUUUUACUUUUUGGGAAUGGCCGGCCAUUUUGCUCUGGGUAACAGCAAUUCACUAGCUACUAUUGAUGUUGCCGGAGCUUUUAUGGGAAUCUCAAAUCACUCGACAGUACUUUCUGGAAUUUUAAUGUUCAUUAUCACCUAUGCAUCCCCAAUGUUAUUUAUCCUUAGCAUGGUGAUGUAUGUCUCUGUGAAGGACACAAGCUGUCUCCCAUCUCUCGUGAAUGCAGAUUCCACACAACUCCUCAAACUGAUGCUUGGCUUCCCUUGUCUGGUUCCGCUGGGGUUGAACUCCAUUUUGCUAACAGCAUACACCAUCGUAUUGCUGAUAAUGAGGAACCAUCUUUUUGUUUGGAGCGUCUUUUCCCCAAAGUACAUUUAUGUUUGUACCACAACUAUAUGCGUCUACAUGGGUGUAUCUGUAGUAGCUACAACAGUGACAUAUACUUACUGGGUGCUGGGGUUGAGGAAAAAGAUGCUAUCUAAGCUUGGCCAUCACCAUUUAAGAUAGAGCUCGACUGCGAGAGUAAUGCUAGUUUUGUUGGCGGUAAACCAACAACAUAGACAGAUCAUUCUUUUAUAUUUUGUUAUCUUCCGCCAGAAGUUUUUUGUAGAGUUACCGAAACAGCAGAAAUACGGGCUGAUUAAAGUGUUGCUUUUUGGGUUAAUUUUGUGUUGCAAUAACAAUUUUGAUACAAGUUAAACUUAGAGGGGUAAGACCUUUUAUAAAAUCAUUUCCAAUA